AAAAAAACCCUCGUCUUCGCGUGUGUUCCUUCUCGAAUUCUCUCCUCCUCUGAUCAAAGUUUCGUUCUCAAUCAAGGCACGUUUCCUUCCGAUUGAUUCGUUUCCGGAAAAAUUCUCGAUGUGUUUGUGGCUAUAAGCGUUGCCGAGUUUGGGCUCGAUACGAGCAGCUUCCCAGAAUUGAAUUGGAUCUUCUUCCUUUGGUUGCUUGUUAUCGCUGGUGAUAGUUUUGGUUUCAGAGCUAUUGAGAACUGAGGAUUGAGCAGGCAGAAAGCAGAAGGUGCAAGCAAGAAACACGAAACUUGUUCAUUAGCCCGGCUCGAUUUGUUGAGUUGUGAUCAUGGCGCUAAACCCUCAGCUGCUACCCAACGGGAUGCCCAUUCCAUUUGUUAACGAAAUGUUCGUUCUGGCUAGAGAUGGCGUCGAGUUUGAAGUCGAUAAGAUUCCUGGAUCCCAGGGAGGUCAUGUUAAGGCUAAAGGGACGGUAUACUUGUCAAAUAUACGAUUGGUCUUUGUCGCAAGCAAGCCUGUUGGGAACUUCUUUGCUUUUGAUAUGCCCCUGCUAUACAUCCAUGGCGAAAAAUUUAAUCAGCCGAUAUUCCACUGCAACAAUAUUUCUGGUCAAGUGGAGCCCGUAGUCCCCGAAAACGAGCAUAGAGCUCUGUAUUCCACACAUACUUUCAAGAUCAUCUAAGGUGGUUGCGGGACUUUUGUUCCUCUCUUCCUCAAUCUCAUUUCUUCCGUGAGGCAAUACAACCAACAAAUGCAACAAGCUGCAGUAGCACCUCCGUUCGAUCCGCUCCAAGCUUCACAACCUCCGGUGGAUGAAAUGAUGAGACAUGCGUACGUCGACCCGAAUGAUCCGACGAGGAUUUUCCUGGAGCAGCCGCCAGUGGAGAGCCAACUGAGGAGGCGAACGUACAAUUCCAGCCCAUCCGAACACCCUUCUUAAAAAAACUCGGUGACCAUACAGAAUUCGGUCUGGUACAUAAUAUGGCUGCUGUUACUUUGGUAAAUUUACUGCUGUAAAUAACCCCGAGCUAAUUAAUAAUAUCUUCACUUGGCCUCGUUGUUUUUA